UACACGUGUCCCUAUGACUCUUGUUUACUAUCAAGACUGCGCUGCGCACGCACCUCUGGGAUAUGUAGUCCCACGGAUUCCUCCCGCCAGCAACGUCCUAGCGCUACGGGGGAAGGCUGAGACUACGAACCCACAACCCAUUUCGGAGGCAAAGUUUGGCUCGGAUCCCUGGAGUCUCGGCAGCUGUCCAAUCCAAAGGGCUUACUCUAGUGAUUGACAUGCCGUCUUCUCCAGUAAACACAACACAAAAGUCAAUACAUGCCCGCCUCCCGUGAGGGACCACGGUAUCACCCAAUGGGAAAAAGGAAAGAUCGAAUGACAGUUAUGUCGACCAAUAAGGCGGCGAAAGGGCUGGGAGGUGGCUCAACCCCCGGGGGGUUGAGGGGAGGGGGAAGACGAAGCUUGAAAGACUUGGUAAUGGCGACGGGUUUGGUAAGUAGGAAAGUUUCGGCUGAGGAGUAAGAUCCGCGAAGGGAGCAGUAUCGCGCGCCAGGGAAGCCAGCAUCAGUCCGAGAGGGGUUCGCGAGCUACUGAUGGUGUUGUCGCUGCCGGGGCGGCCCGUGCCUGGGCUGCCCGCACUCCGCGGAGGUCAGAGCACCAUAACAUGGUGUGGGAAGUAAAGACAAAUCAGAUGCCUAAUGCAGUUCAGAAACUCCUAUUGGUAAUGGACAAGAGGGCUUCAGGCAUGAAUGACUCACUGGAGUUGCUGCAGUGUAAUGAAAAUUUGCCGUCCUCACCUGGAUAUAACUCCUGCGAUGAGCACAUGGAGCUUGAUGACCUUCCUGAACUUCAGGCUGUUCAAAGUGAUUCUACCCAAUCUGCCAUGUACCAGCUAAAUUCAGAUGUUUCACAUCAAGAAUAUUCAAGACCAUCUUGGAACCAGAAUACCUCAGAUAUAUCAGAAAAUACUUACCGUGAAAAUGAGGUGGAUUGGCUAACAGAAUUAGCGAAUAUUGCUACAAGUCCACAAAGUCCACUUAUGCAGUGCUCAUUUUAUAACAGAUCAUCUCCUGUACACAUCAUAGCUACUAGCAAAAGUUUACAUUCCUAUGCCCGCCCUCCACCAGUGUCGUCAUCUUCAAAGAGUGAACCAGCCUUCUCUCAUCACCACUGGAAGGAAGAAACACCAGUAAGACAUGAAAGGGCAAAUAGUGAGUCCGAAUCUGGCAUUUUCUGCAUGUCCUCCCUGUCAGAUGAUGAUGACCUGGGAUGGUGUAACUCCUGGCCUUCAACUGUGUGGCACUGUUUUUUAAAAGGCACACGACUAUGCUUUCAUAAGGGAAGCAAUAAGGAGUGGCAAGAUGUGGAAGAAUUUGCUAGAGCUGAAGGCUGUGAUACUGAGGACGAUCUUCACAUGGGCACUCACAAGGGCUAUGGUUCUGAUGGUCUAAAGUUGUUAUCACAUGAAGAAAGUGUAUCAUUUGGCGAGUCUGUACUGAAGUUGACUUUUGAUCCUGGUACAGUAGAAGAUGGUUUACUUCCCAUAGAGUGUAAGCUGGACCACCCUUUCUAUGUUAAAAAUAAAGGUUGGUCAUCCUUUUAUCCAAGCUUGACUGUGGUACAGCAUGGCAUUCCAUGUUGUGAAAUCCAUAUUGGUGAUGUAUGUCUACCUCCUGGACACCCCGAUGCCAUUAAUUUUGAUGAUUCAGGUGUUUUUGAUACAUUUAAAAGCUAUGACUUCACACCUAUGGAUUCUUCUGCAGUUUAUGUGUUAAGUAGUAUGGCUCGCCAGCGUCGUGCAUCUUUGUCUUGUGGUGGACCUGGUGGUCAAGACUUUGCAAGAUCUGGAUUCAGUAAGAACUGUGGUUCACCUGGAUCAUCACAGCUCUCUUCCAGUUCUUUAUAUGCUAAAGCUGUCAAAAACCACAGCUCAGGGACUGUGAGUGCCACUUCUCCUAAUAGGUGCAAAAGACCAAUGAAUGCCUUCAUGCUUUUUGCCAAAAAAUACAGAGUUGAAUAUACUCAGAUGUAUCCAGGGAAAGAUAACAGAGCCAUAAGUGUGAUCCUGGGUGACAGGUGGAAGAAAAUGAAGAAUGAAGAGAGAAGGAUGUACACAUUAGAAGCAAAGGCUUUGGCUGAAGAACAAAAACGUUUAAAUCCUGACUGUUGGAAAAGGAAAAGAACCAAUUCAGGCUCGCAACAACAUUAAACCAGGAUGCUUAUGUUCUUAAGUUUGUAUUUGCAGAAACAUUGACUCUUCUGGAAAGACUUAAGAUCAAGGUCUCACCUUUUGUCCUGAAUUCGUGUGACCAUGAGAUACUGAUAGCAUUGAGUCUUGAAAUGAUUUAAUAAUAAGAGUGAAGAAUUGCUUUCUCCAUUAGAGCAUUAAGUGAGCUAAAACUAUCAACAUUGUAAACCAAAUUGCCUUAUUUUUCUUCCAAACUUCAUAUAUGUCUAUCAGGUAAUAUAGGCUUGAAAAUUGAUAUCCUGUGGUGCUAAAGUACAGUAGAAAGAGAGGAGAAGUGUAUACAUGUUUUAUUUUAAAUUGUACGAAAGGGGAAUUUAAAAAUACGUAACUGCUGUUUAUACAUUGGCUCCUUCCUGCUUAUUAAUCUGUAUUGUACACAUGAUGGAAUGAAGCAGAAGCUUGGAGUCGGCCUUUCCUUGAGCAUCCACCACAUGGCCCAGCAUUAGUGCCAAACACAGGCGCUCCUAGUCUGGCCAGUGCCAAGAGGCCACACGUGGCAGGUGGAUGGUGUCGUCCUGACAAAAGAGCCACCUGCUGCCAUUCCCGUGGGCAUGCUGAGUUUAUCCACCAGGUGGCAGCACCCACUUGUUAUUUCCAGUGGAAACCUAGGCCAGGCCAAGGCAAAGUUAGUUAAUAGCAUUGGGAUAUAGUCACUGUAAUGGUGCUAUUAACAGUCGACACCAUUGUAUUUUUAACUUUGUUCUAUUAUCUCCUCAGCCACGUAUCUUAAAUAUAUUUUGUCAUCGUAUCUUUAUGGUGGGGGCAGACUUUGCACUUAUUGCAGUGCAACACUUGCACUUUACUUUUCCUCCAACUGUCUAAAAUUAGAGCAAAUACAUUGGCAAUACAGCUGCUUUUGCUCUGAGCUACAAUCAUGGCUUUUCAUGUUACUUACCAAGUGGUGUUUCUGGUUAGGAAUCACAGCCGUAAAAUUGAUUUCAGUUCAUUACACUUCUUCAUGAUGUUGCCCCUAAAUUUUGCACACUAUAUUCUUGUAUAUUAUUUCAAAUAAAAUGAAAGAAAAAGUUGUUUAUCUCUGA